AUGGGCUCUCCAGCGCCAUAUUCUGCGCCCAAAGAGCCGAGAGAAUGCAUGAUGGUGGCGAAACGUAAAGAAUUUGAGCGGACAAAGGUGGUUCAGGAGGCCACCUUCAUUACAUUCAAAGGACUAGACACACACGACGUAUACAACUGCUGCGUUCCUUUUAGGAUCAAUGGCGUCUACCACGUAUUUGGGCGCACCGAGCGUCGGAACGAGUGGGUCAGGUCUUUUGUUCGCCUAUUCCGCCAGACCGGACACGAUGAGUACACCCUUGUGGAGCACGCAAUGCAGUGGCAACUGGAAGACCCGUUUAUUGUGAAGGUCCAAGGUGAGAUGCUUUUCGGCGGUGUUCGUGUCACUAAGGACCACGGAAAAGUGUCUGGCUAUAUGUGUGAUUUCUAUCGUGGCACAAUAGACGACCUGCACUACUUCACUUCUGGCCCCCAAAAUAUGAAGGAUAUUCGUCUUGUUGAACUGGCGGACGGGAGGAUUGGCAUUUUUUCCCACCACAAAACUCACACAACUUGCACAACUGGUUUCAUUACUAUUGAUUCGCUUGACAACCUUUGCUCGCAGAUCAUCGACGCUGCAAAGCCGAUUGACCACACGCUCUUUGGUGACGCAUGGGGUGGUGUCAACCAGCCGUACCUCCUGUCGACAGGUAAAAUCGGCUGUAUUUCUCACCACGGCUAUCUCGCCAAAGACGUGAAUGGCGAGGUAAUUAACGUGUACUGCAUCACGUCUUUCGUGUAUGAUCCGCUGACGAACAAGUGCUUUGAGUACACGAUACUUGGCACGAAAAAUUGUUUCCCGGAGUGUCCGGCUAAGGCACCGAAGCUGAUGGACUGUGCGUUCGCCUCCGGGAUUGUUAUGCGUGACGAUGGUAAAUGCGACCUCUACAGUGGUGUGGGCGACACGCGGCAGGGCCGUAUGGUGAUUGAAUACCCGUUUGAGGGGUACGGGUCCAUCGUAGACAAUGUCGACUUUUGA